AAAUGGCCCAGAGUCCGUUAUGUGCAUUUCUCUCAGCAGAGGCGGGGGGCGACGGUGGAUAUGAAAAUGGCGGAAAGGGCGCGGGGUGCGUGUUAACGUGGAAGUUCCCUCAUAGCUUCCGCCGGUGGAGGGGGUGUCGAGCACGCCAGAGCGCGAUGUCGCGUGCUGCUUCAGCAUGUCACCGUGCGUCACGCGGGGUCGCGCAGAGCCCCACGCGCGUGUCCGGAAUGCGGCCUCACACGCCACGCGUGAUCAGUUGCUUGACUCGGUAUUGGGACCUCAUUAGC